GCUGGUUGUAAUUUCUGAACGGGCGCUGCCCUCCACCAAAAGUCGAUCUUCUUCAACCCCAAUUCGCACCAUCUGAGGAUUGCUUAGGAAGGCAAUAGUUUUUAUUGUCGAGGUACGUCUGAAAGAUGCUGCAAAUACCCGUCUCUGUGAGGGCUUCAUUGCCUUUCACUUGAGGAUUGCUCUUUUGUUAUUUCGAAUCGCAAUUCUCUCUGCGCGCAUGCUCGACGCUUUUUUCGACCUUGAGCCUCUUUUCGUUCAUCUUCGAGGAAAACUAGAGUCAUCGCACAAAAACGAGACAACACUCCGCCCGACGCAGCCGGACAUUUGUGCUUCAUACUUGGGAGAACCUGGAUUCUAACCGUCUCAGUUAGGCAAGAUGCAGAUUUUCGUCAAGACCCUCACGGGGAAGACGAUCACCCUUGAGGUGGAGUCUUCCGACACCAUCGACAACGUCAAGUCCAAGAUCCAGGACAAGGAGGGCAUCCCCCCUGACCAGCAGCGACUCAUCUUUGCUGGCAAGCAGCUCGAGGAUGGACGCACCCUGAGCGACUACAACAUCCAGAAGGAGUCCACCCUCCACCUGGUCCUCCGCCUCCGUGGUGGUAUGGCCAAGAAGCGCAAGAAGAAGGUCUACACCACCCCCAAGAAGAUCAAGCACAAGCGCAAGAAGACCAAGCUGGCUGUCCUCAAGUACUACAAGGUCGACUCCGAUGGUAAGAUCGAGCGACUUCGACGCGAGUGCCCCAGCGACACCUGCGGCGCUGGUGUCUUCAUGGCUGCCAUGCAGGACCGCCAGUACUGUGGUCGCUGCCACCUCACCUACGUCUUCGACAAGCAAUAAAUGCAUGACCAAGGGACUUGAAUUGGGAUUGAUGACGGAUCGGAUUGGGUGCCAAAAAUGGGCGUUGACGGGCUUUUGUAGCAUAAAGCACAUCCGGUUUCUGAGAUAAUGCAUGCUUGAUUGAGACGACAAACUUGUUAAAUCACACAGCCGUUCUCCCCUGUGACUUUCCCUGUGUAUGGAUGUCUCUGUUUGACAUGAUCAUUUGCCACUUAAAGCUGCACCAAAAUUCGCCGUCUGGGAUGCCCUUUGUGCGCCUCCAUCGAGGCCUGCUCUACAACACCCCAAACUCAUUGCAAAAUUGCCAAGACCCUCGUAAUCGAUCAUUCUUAUCAGUCCUUAUCAGUUGAAUUUCGCAGCCUCGCAUGAAUUUCUUGGUGUCCACUGGUGAAUUUUUCAUCCCGCCAGAGCCUCGUUUGCCCUGGUGGGGCAUGUCCUCAACACCAAUAAAUCAGACAUGGAUGGCUGGAGAGCACAGCAGAAGGUCUCAGAUAGCAUACGUUAGCUACCA